AGUUAAUCUAACCUGUAAAAAUAGCAAAUUACAUAUUUUACAAAGUGAUCUGAAAAUGGCAGGUUUAGGGAGCAACAUGAACCUGCCAAACCAGCAACCUCGUCUUCCAACACCCCAACAACCACCACAACAACAGCAAGCUCCCUUGUCUUUACCACCAGUAGAUAGAGAAAAAAUAUAUCAGUGGAUCAAUGAAUUAACUAGUCCAGAUACACGAGAAAAUGCUUUACUAGAAUUAAGUAAAAAGAGAGAAUUCAUACCAGAUUUAUCACCAAUGUUAUGGCAUUCAUUUGGUACCAUAGCUGCUUUAUUACAAGAAAUAGUCACAGUUUAUCCUGCCAUAAAUCCUCCUAAUUUAACAGCUUCUCAAUCUAAUCGUGUAUGUAAUGCUUUAGCACUAUUACAAUGUGUAGCGGCCCACUCUGAAACUAGAUCAGCUUUUCUACAAACACACAUUCCCCUAUUUCUAUAUCCAUUUCUACUGACUGUUACUAAAACAAGACCAUUUGAAUAUUUACGAUUAACUAGUUUAGGUGUUAUAGGUGCUCUAGUCAAGACGGAUGAAGAAGAGGUUAUAAAUUUUUUACUGAAUACAGAAAUUAUUCCACUCUGUUUACGUAUUAUGGAAUCUGGUUCAGAACUAUCUAAAACAGUAGCCACAUUUAUAUUACAGAAGAUAUUGAUAGAUGAAAUAGGGUUAUCUUAUAUUUGUUUAACAUAUGAAAGAUUUUCUCAUGUUGCCAUGAUCUUAGGUAAAAUGGUGUUACAUUUAUCUAAAGAACCCUCCACCAGAUUAUUAAAACAUAUUGUUAGAUGUUAUUUACGAUUAUCAGAUAAUGUGAGAGCACGAGAAGCUUUACAGCAUUGUCUACCAGAUCAGUUGAAGGAUUCUACAUUUGCUAAUUGUUUAAAAGAUGACAAGUCUUUGAAACGUUGGUUGGUGCAGUUACAACAAAAUUUAGAUUCUACAGCAGGAGUUGAAGGAUCUGAUCCAAGAGGCAUGCCUUCUCUACACCAACAAUAAACUUAUCCAUUGAAUAGCUGGAAUUCGGAGAUUUAAAACUGAAACUUUUAUUAAUGUUGGAAAGAAUACUGAACCUGUGGAUUGGACAAUAUUUGGCUCAAUUGGAGCAGUAGGACAUAAAACUCUAUUUCAAACCUUUACAAAAAAUAUUGAGACUUCCAUUUUUGUAAUAGGAAGCAAACAGAUAUCUGUAUUUGUGCAAAGUGAUUUAUUUAAACUAUAUAAAUUAUCGAUAUCAAAGGCCAAAAAAUUGGAAAAUUUUAAGACAUGAUUUGCUGUGUAUAGAAAUUGUGAAGCUUGUAUAUUCACAUAGCACUGUUUCUUUGGGCUCGUAUCUACCAGUAGUAUCUCUAUAAACACAUCUAUGUAACUUUAAUUAACAGUGUGCUCAUUGGCAGACAUUUUCUUAGAUUGUACUUGUUAUGUUAUCAAAAUGGUAAAACAUCGAUAAAAAAAUUGUUUUAAGCAUUUAUCACUAAUUCUUAUUUUCUCAUGCAGUAUGUUAGUAUUUUUUUAGUAUUAAUGAUAUUUUGUUUUAUAUUUAAAGUGCUUUACGGUGCUUUUUACUCUUCAUUGCUUUAUGCAAUGUUUUUUGUAAUUGUUUUGUAAAUAAAGAAUAUAUUGUUUUC